AUUGCAAAAGAGCUCUUUCCGAGUCUCUGUGACCAGCAGUGCCCUUCAUUCAACCGAACUCUCGUCCCUCUGUCAUCGCGGCGCUCACUUGUGAGCCCAACGACGGUCCGACCGUGAUUAACCGUCUCGGCUGCUCGUCAAGCCCUUUUCCGCCGCCAAUUCGAAUUCGUUGUUCUGCCUUACCAGGAGGCCUGCUGUGCUGAUAUCGGCCGUCCCAACACCGCCACUGAGCCGCUCGUCGAGUCCCCAGCGGCCGAUUCGUCCGUCGUCCGUCUCAUAUUCCGUCUGGUCUGACCAUUGACGGCCUCUGCCCACCACCGAUGACGCCGUACAACCUCAACUCGACGGCCAUGCAGAGCAGCACCACCAUGUCUCACGCCCCCCACUGCUCCAACGGCUUCCCCCAGGGCUACGGAUCAUAUGAGGGUCAGCAGAAACUGCAGCUAUGGAGCCGCCGCGUCCGGCCACUCUGCUCCAACCACACGAACCACCCCCUAGCCGAGCCCACCCCGACGCACGGCCAAGACCGCAUCGCACGGAAGAGUGCCCAGCUCGGCUGUGUGAAGGAGACGGGCCGUGUGGGCGGGCGGGUGAGCGGAGGGAGCGACGACUCGACGCAGCUGCCGCCAUCCCGUCACGACAGCGACCGCAGUGUCGGUGGCGGGGUGGAUGCGCAGCAGUAUCAGGGAGAGGUGGGGGUGGGGGUGGGGAUGGGGAGGGGUGUGUUGGGUUUGGGAGGGGCUGUGUACUCAUACCAGCCACAUGUGGUGGCAUAUCGCCCGGAGGCGCCGUGCCCCAUCAUGCCGGCUGCAUGUGCUGCCGCCCGCCACGUGUCAGGUACACAAACACCAAAUGGACGAACAUUCAGGGGUCCGUGUCAAUGUGGUUUAUGUGUGUGUUGUCCAUUAGGUUUCUCUCACCACCACCACCAGCAGGCCAACUACGGCGACUGCGACUGCUGCGACUUGUGUGCGGCGGUGUGCGACCUGGUCGAGGGCAUCGGGGACUGCGUGGUGUCCACCGUCGAGGGUCUCAUCGACCGCCUUAAGUGGUUCUUCAUCUCGAUCGACAACUAAUCCAGCCAUCUGCACGGUGGGUGAGGGCAAAGGAAUCACACGUAGUGGGAAAGGGGAGGGAGAAGACAUGAAUCUAUGAGUGCUCAUUCUCUUCUGUCCAUUUGGCUGUCUGCAGGCAUCUGUUCGCCAGGCUGCGGCCGCGAUGGUGUGCUGCCCGUGCUGUGUCUGUCUGUCUGUCUGUCUAUCUCAACUAUCGACCUGGAGGGAUACACAUAUGGUGACGGAACUCACACACACGAGGGGGAGGAGACACACCACAUUCGCUUCACUCACUACACACGCGGGAUGGGAUACGGACGGGCAUUGCGUUUGGGUGGAGAGGGAGGGAGGGAGUGUUCGCAUGUAUCCUGUCCAUCUGUGUGUGUCUCUCUUUGCUCUUGGCGGCUGUGCCGUGCGUGCCCCAUAUCACACACCACACAUGUAUGGCAGAUUUUGAUAGCAAAGCUCUCUGCUUUCUCAACAUUCUCGUUCCGUAAUCGUCUCCUCAGCUCAUCGUCUCCUUAAUUUUCUUCCUGGCUGCUACAGCAGACAGACAAGCAUCCUUGUCUUUCGUCUCCUCCUUAGUUGGCUUCCUGAGCAUCUCCCUCCCUAACCAAUUGUCCCUAACCGUCCUCCUGUUCUCAUUCAUUCAUGUGUUGAUUGGCCUGACCCACUUUUCUGCCUUGGCUGCGUAUUUUUUGUCGGCCUCCUGACGUGUGGCCGUCUGUUUGUGCUGUGGUGUGGUGUGGUGUGGUGUGGUGUGUGGUGUGUGGUGGGUGAUAGUGACGGCCACAGACAGAGAGAUAAGAAUACAUAUAUGGAUGGCUGAAUGACCUCUCCCCUCCCCCCUCCCCCCACACGCCUCAUCAGGACACAAGCGACAUGAUCCUUUUCUCUCGUGUGGAUGUGUGUGUGGGUGUGGGUGUGCAUGUCUGUCUACACAUUGCGCGACGCGACCGACACGGAUAAUGAUAGACAGACAGACAGACAGUACGUGGCAGUGCCUGUAUGGCCAUUCUCCCUCUCUGUUACUCUACGCUUCACUCACACACACACACGUGCCUGCCGGGGAUGUGUGGGUGUCUGAGGGCUUGGCGAGACGCGACAAACACAGAUAAAGAUAGACAGAUAGAUAGACAGCGGGUCGUUCAGGCUGCCUGCCUGGCCGCUCUCUCCCUCUCUCUCAGUGUAUCCUUUGCUGUGGUGUGUGUGAAUUCGCCCGCUCGGAUGGACUGACUGAUGCUGUCCUCAUCUCCUCAAUUGCUCCUCAAUGCUUCCUUCCUCCCCUAAUCCCACUACUUCAAGAAGAGACAAGCCUACUUGUCCUUUGCCACCCUCCCUAAUUGUCCUUACUUGUCGUCUUGUUAACCGUCUCCUUCCUCAACUAAGUGUUCCCGUGUUAUCUCAUUCAUGUGUUGAUGGGCCGUGGAUCUCUGGCGACACACUGUCUGGCUCUUCAGCUACCCGUGUGCUGUGCUGUGCUGUGUGAUGGGAGACGGCCACGGCGGCCGACAGAAUGAUAAGGAUGGACAAAGGGAUGGAUGGUCGGUUGCUCAACCGCACACGUGCACAGACAAAGAUUGACAGAGAUAUUGUUAGGUGUGUCCGGAUGGCCAUUCUCCCUCUCUCUACUGUGUGUGUCUGUGUGUGUGUGUGGCGAUUCGUUCGAGUGGACUCAUGCAUCCAUCCAUCGCUGCCAGCGAGGCGACGGACGGACCGUUCCGGCCAACAGAGAGAUAGACAUGGUCCGCACUGUCUGUCCGCCGUGUCGUGUCUGUGUUGGCGGCUACGUGUCGAUGGACAGACAGACAGACAGACAGACGCGUGUACGUGUGAGUGAUUGCACCGAUGAUGUGACCAAUCACACAUUGCAACAUCGACAUCACAUCACACCUUACACAAUAAACGAACAGCUUCAGUAGUCC